ACUAAUUAACUAGGAUGCCAAUGAAGCCUCUUUCAUCUUCUUCACAUCAAGGUCUUUUCUCGUCGUUCUUUAAGAUUCUGAGUCUUCAGGUAAAGCCAUUUUGGGUAGAACUAGGGUAUUUCAUGAUUUUUUCUUUUUUAGGUUUCUUAGCUUUGAAUGUUACAAAACCUAGAACGCUACCAUCAUUUCGGCCUCAUAACCUAGAUGUGUUUUUCACUUCUGUUUCAGCUACCACAGUUUCUAGCAUGUCUACUGUUGAAAUGGAAGUUUUCUCGAAUGCUCAACUUGUUUUCAUGACCAUAUUGAUGUUUCUUGGCGGGGAGGCUUUUACCUCUUUUCUUAGACUUCAACUCAUGAAGUUGAAACUUGUCAAGAAACAAAGUGUAUUGCAGAACAACGAUGCUUUUGACCAUUCAAGCUCUAUAAAUUUGGACAAUAAAUUAGAACAUGCAGUAAUAAACCCUAUGGAGGAUAGUCAUCAUGAGGCCAUCGCUAAGUUGAAGUCUAUAAGAUUGUUGACUUACGUGGUUUUUGGUUAUAUCCUAGUUGUUAUUCUCCUUGGUUCUUCCUUAGUUUCUAUAUACAUAACAUUUAUCCCAUGUGCAAAACAAAUUCUCAACGAAAAAGGGCUUAACUUGCAUACUUUUUCAAUAUUCACCACUGUUUCAACAUUUGCAAAUUGUGGAUUUGUUCCUACAAAUGAAAACAUGAUGGUUUUUAAACAAAAUUCAGGCCUUCUCCUCAUUCUUAUCCCUCAAAUCCUUCUUGGUAACACCUUGUAUGCUCCUAGCUUACGUUUCGUUAUUUGGUUCCUUUGGAAAUUCACAAAGAGACAAGAGUUUGAGAACAUUUUAAAGAACUCGAAACGUGUAGGAUAUUCACAUAUUUUCCCCCGUUUUGAAACCAUCGCUAUUGCAAUUACUGUUUUGGCAUUCAUAUCAGUUCAGUUUGUAGCCUUUUUUGUCAAUACCAGGCAUACUGGUCAAUCUGUGUUCGAUAUUUCAAGCUUUAGUCCAGCAAUUAUAGUAUUGUUCGCCUUAAUGAUGUAUCUAUCAUCCUCUACUACUUUUUUGCCUGUUGAUAAUCAUGAAGAGAGGUUAAAAACUAAAGAAAAAAUUAACAGGAGAAAAAGGAGAAGCUUGGUGAAGUACAUAUCAUUCUCACAACCUUCUUGUUUGGUUAUUUUUACCAUUCUUAUUUGUUUAGUGGAGAAAGACAAAACGAAAAAUGAUACACUCAACUUCAAUGUACCCAACAUUGCCUUUGAAGUCAUCAGUGCAUAUGGAACUGUUGGAAUGUCAGUGGGCUAUGGUUGUGCCAGGCAAAUAAAACCAGAUGGCCAUUGCAAGGACACAACAUAUGGAUUUGCUGGAAAAUAGAGUAAUACGGGAAAGUUCCUUUUGAUUAUUGUCAUGUUCUUUGGAAGGAUGAAGA